AUGGGCGACAACAUCGUCAAUUUCUUUGCGGGUCAGCCGCCUCUGAACAGGAUCGCUUUCCAGAGGCAUGAGCUCGAGAAAGUCAAUCACCAUCUCCACAACCCCGAGACUCAAUUUUUCUUGUUCAAGGAUUUCAAGCCUCUUGUCAAGAAAGGAGAAGCUGCUCAGCCUCUAUAUCUCAAGAAGGAUGAUGUAAAGGAUCUUAUCGGAGAAGGAUACCGAGGACCCUCCCCUGGAGCCACACCCGAGAUUUCCAAGAUUAGCGAGGUCACCCGUCUCUCCCUCCCCAACCUCAUCUUCCUCGGUAUCGACGACCGCCAAGACCCCACCACCAACAAGUCCUCCGCUGUCGACCACCUCAACCCCAAGGGCACGCCCUACUUUGCCCUGGACGCCACGGGAACGAGCUUUGAUGAAGCUGCCUUAGGCGGGGAAUGGGGCGAUCCCAGAGCUAGCGGAAGUGCAUUCGGGGCGUGGGAUGCUGGAGUAUUUGCUGAGGCAAGAGCUUUGAUUGACUGGAAUGGAAGGAAUAAGUUCUGUCCCGCUUGUGGUUCCAAGACGUACUCUCUUUGGGCUGGGUGGAAGCGUAGCUGUACAACUGCUCUCAAUCCUAUCGAAGGCCAAGAACCUUGCUUCUCCACCAAAGGUCUGCACAACUUUGCAUACCCUCGAACGGACCCUGUCAUCAUCAUGGGUAUCUUGGACUCAACUGGGGAGCACAUGUUGCUUGGGAGGCAGAAGAGCUGGCCCAAGGGGAUGUACUCGUGUUUGGCCGGCUUUAUUGAGCCUGGAGAAUCAUUCGAAGACUCUGUGCGCAGAGAGGUGCUCGAGGAAGCUGGUAUCGAGGUCGGCCCUGUACGAUACUCUUCGAGUCAGCCUUGGCCUUUCCCUGCAAACUUGAUGGUCGGCUGUUUCGGGCGUGCUAAAGACGGGCAGACGAUCCGAUUUGAUCUCGAUAACGAGCUUGAAGAUGCCCAGUGGUUCCCUCGCUCAACCAUCCUCUCCGUCAUCUCCAACCACGGCUCCUCCAACUACACCCGCGACGACCACAAGAAACUCGAAGACAAGAGUGACGCCGACAAGGCUACCGCUGGCGCUCUUGCACCCUCCGAGAGGACACAGGAAGAUCUGGCGAAGAAGACGGAAGGGAAGGAUGUGAAGGAGCUGAAGAGGGUACCGCCUGAGAGUGCUAUUGCUGGGGUUUUGAUACGGGAGUGGGCGAAGGGAGGGUUGGAUCUUGUGAGCAAGUUGUAG